AUGGGCAUUUAUCGCGAUGGUCACGCCACAUAUGGUGGUUCUUCGUCGCCUGUCGACCCAUUGGUCCAAAAAUUCGGGGCUUUCCAGGUACUUGAUGAUUUGAUUCGCCUACGCGCUGCUGAUGUGGUUCAACAUUCAAUUCUCGCGUAUCCACAUUCAGACCAAGAUCCUGCUUCAUUUGACCACUACACUGGACAGGAUUUGGAUAAGCUGAUCAAUCAAGCUAUCGUCAAUUUGAUCGAAGAUGGACUCAGCCAACACAAGCGCCAUGGAUCGACUGUGGCACUCCUUACCCUUUCAAAUCUGGACAUGGUCAUCACUUUCUUUGCCUUGAGUCGCCUGGGUUAUACUGUCAUGAUGCUUUCUCCGCGCCUUUCAGGAGAGGCUUGCGUAUCUCUGCUCGACACAGUUAACUGCGAGACUAUUAUCUAUGGAGAUUCCAUCGGUAUCCGCUCAACAUUGGGGAACAUCCUGCGGCGGAGGCUGGUCAGCUGCCGUCCAAUUCUCUCGUAUGGCCGAGUUAGGAAAACAGAAGCCUCCUCCUCGAUUGUGCAUCAUAAUCAAAGCCCAGAGAAGAUUGCCGUCAUUCUUCAUUCAUCUGGGUCAUCUGGCACUCCAAAGCCACUCUUUCUUACACAUCAAGCAAUUAUGACGCACCCGCUGAGAGGUACUGGGCUCACUUCAUUCAACCCCUUACCAUGGUAUCAUCUUCAUGGCUUAUCAACUGCACUGCAGGCAAUGUGGAUGAAAAAGACGGCCUACAUGUGGAAUGCUGCUUUGCCUUUGACGGUUGACUUUGCAGUUGCAGCUCUUGAAGAGGCACAACCAGAAUCCUUGGCGGCGGUUCCAUACAUGCUCCAACUUUUGAUUGAUGACCCACGUGGGAUGCAAGCGUUACGGGAUUGUCAAUUAGUCACUUAUGGGGGUGCGCCUUGCCCAGAUGAACUGGGCGAUCGCCUUGUCAGUGAAGGCGUGAGAUUCGGGGGUGCAUUUGGCCUUACGGAGGCUGGGCUUGUUGCCGAAUCUAUAUCUCGCCCUGAGGGGGACCCUUACUGGAACUAUCUGCGAUUUUUCGACAAUAUCCGACCCUUUGUUUGGAUGAAGCAGAUCUCCGAGUCGGGAUCCCUUUAUGAAUGUGUCUAUCUUGCUGGGCAUCCGGCACUCACAACGUCAAAUUCGAAUGACCCACCUGGAUCUUUCCACUCGAAGGAUGUCUUCACUCCUCAUCCCCGAAUUCCAGGCCGAUGGAAAUACAUGUCAAGACUUGACGAUCGCAUCAAUCUAGUCAAUGGCGAGAAAGUUCUACCACUCCCCAUCGAAGGUCGUAUCAAACAACACCGUCUUGUCCACGAUGCAGUCUUGGUUGGAGUUGGAAAAGCUGCUCCUGGGGUUUUGAUUGUAAAGGCUAACUCUUCUGAGGCGCUGGAGCUGUCUGAAAGCAAAUACAUUGCUUCAAUAUGGCCUGCGAUUCAAGAGGCCAACUCACGUGCAGAGGGUUUCUCUCAAAUUUCCGGCGAUUUGAUCGCCAUAUUGCCUCAUGAUGCAACAUUUCCUCGCACGGACAAAGGCUCGAUGAUCCGUGCAAAGAUAUAUGAAUUGUACCACGACCUCAUAGAAAGUCUCUACUCCAAGGAAGCCCCAUUGGCUCAGGGACUUGAGCUUGACGUUGAUGAGACACAGUGUUUUCUCCUCCAACUAGCACGAGAAGAGCUUGGAAUUCCAGUAUCAACAGUGGACACCAACUUGUUCUCUGAAGGCGUUGACAGCCUCAAGGCUAUACACUUCCGACGCCUCAUUCUUCAAACCUUCCGCUUUGAUCCCAACAGAACUCCUAGCUCAAAUAUCAUUUUUGAAGCGGGAAACAUAUCGAGACUUGCUCAGCUCAUCUGCAAAAUACAAAGUGGAUAUGAGAUGGCAAAGGUUGAUGAUGGUGAGGACGAUGUUCUCAGUCUGGCGGAAAAGUAUUCUUUUUUUCAAACACACAUUCCUGAGACUCCGUCUUUCUUGGGUUCAAACAGUGUGAUAUUGACAGGAGCCACUGGCUCUAUUGGGUCUCAUGUGCUAUUCGAGCUUCUCAACGAUGACACGAUAUCCACUGUCUACUGCCUCACACGACGAGAAUCGCCUUUUGAAGAUAUAACUGAAGGUUUGGCCACCAGAGGUCUCUAUGUAUCCCCUGAACGAUUGAAGAAAAUCGUUGCUCUCACUAGCCGCCUUGAUCAGCCCGGAUUCGGUCUGGUUACGGAUGAUUCGGUUGCUCAACAUAUGCUCCAGUCUGUUGCCUUAAUCAUUCACACUGCUUGGCCUGUCAACUUCAACCUCCCACUGUCAGAAUUCGAACCCCAUGUCCAAGGACUAUACAACCUGCUCCAGUUUUCAUUGUCCGUGCAAAGACACGAGCCGGCUGUGGUGUUAUUUUGUUCCUCGAUAUCAACGGCUCUUGGCUCCCGAUGUGUUGAGAUCCCCGAGGCUCCGGUUGAUCUGGAAUGUGCCAUCGCUGGUUACGGCCAGUCAAAAUCUGCUGGGGAGCUUGUGGUGAGACAUUCUCGACAAUUUGGGACACGGGCGUAUUCUCUUCGGAUUGGACAGGUUUCGGGUCACUCAACGAAAGGAUUGUGGAAUGACUCAGAGGCAAUUCCAUUGAUGAUACGGUCGGCCCUCACGUUGGGUGUACUACCUGAUUUAUCAGAGACAUGCUCCUGGAUCCCCGUUGACAAGGUUGCUGUGACAAUCCUUGAGCUUGCCAAAACAUGUGCAACGCCAAAUUCGCAUGGAGGCGGUGCUACUGCGAGCUCUUCCACGACGGAUCAUAUCCAUGAUUCCAUAUUCAACCUAUGCAAUCCUAAUGAAUUCGCUUGGUCAUCAUUGCUGAGCGUGCUAAGAGACACGGGCUUUCAUUUUCAGACCGUUGCGUUUCAGGAUUGGUUGUCCAGACUACGUGACAGCGAGGCAAAAGGCGAGGAGUUUGUGAACCCAGCAGUCAAGCUCAUUCACCAUUAUGACAGAAUGUAUGGAAAUGACGCGGCUGCAGCACACAACGAGCAGAAAAGAUUUGUCACAACCAAAGCCGAAAGAAGCAGCCUGACUUUGCGAAAUGGACGAUUGAGGCUAUUCGAGGAUGGAAUCUUGAGGCGUUAUGCUGAGGAUUGGUCAACGAGAUGGAAAAUCCGAAAAUUAUGA